AUGGCGAAGCCGCCCGUCGUCGACGAUGCGUACCGUCAGGCCAUUGAGGCCGUCGCGAAGGACGUCACCGGCUACAUAAAGGAGUCGCCCUCACGCGUGCCGAUGUGCCUGCGCGUCGCCCUGCACGACGCGAUGACCUACGACGAGGGCACGCGGACAGGCGGUGCGAACGGCAGCAUCAGGGUCGACCGAGAGCUGUCUCAGACGGCGAACGCGGGCCUCGAGCCGGUGAUCGGAGCCCUGACGGCGAUCAAGAACAAGCACAGCGCGGUGACGCACGCGGACGUCUUCCACCUCGCCGGCGUCGUCGCGGCGCAGCUCGCCGGCGCGGCUGACGUGAGCUUCGUGCCCGGGCGGCGCGACAGCCGGGUGUGCCUCCCCGAGGGCCGCCUCGUCUCCGCGGACGACCUGGCCAGCGCGGACAAGGUCAAGAAGAAGCUCCUGCGCCUCGGACUCCCCCUGCGCCUCGGGGUCGCCCUCCUCGGCGUGCAUCCCUUCGGGGUGUCUUUGGGACAGUCCGCGGCCGCGGAGUCGAGCGUCGGAGAGGCGAGCCCGUACGCGAUCAACAACAUGUACUUCGCGGCGCUGCUCGAGGAGGCCGUCGCGGACCUGAAAGCCCACAGGCCGAUCCUCGAGGACAGCCAGAUCAGGGCUAUCUGCGAGGAGUUCGCGAAUGACAACGACGCCUUCCUUGCCGCCUACUGCCGGGCGCACACCCUCGUGUCGCUGGCGGGGCAGGACCUGCAGCCGCCCGCGGGGCUCGCGAGCGGCGGUGCGGGCGGCAGCGAGGGCGGCGACGCGGGGUGGGGCACGACGUACGUGGCUGGGGCGGUGGUGGCAGUGGCGGUGGCAGCGGGCGCGUGGUACUACUUCUCGUCGUGGCGGCGCCGAGCGCGACGACGCAUGUAA